UACUGCACCUGGUACAGCCCUACCCCUGCUGGUGGCUUUGACGGUUCUCUCCUCCGCCCCCUCCCCUAGGCCCACGCGCGGCUCGGGCCCGGGCCCUGGCGGGACGAUGGCGCCGCCUGCAGGCGGGGGCGAGGAGGCGGAGGGUGCACCGCUCGAGGAAGCGGUGGUGCUUGUGGAGGUGCGGGGCCUGGGACCCGGGCCGGGGCCUGAUGGGCCGUGGCGGCUGCAGCUAAGCGCGGAGGCCUCGAGGCCGGGGCACUUCCGCCUGGCGCUCCAGGGCUCCGGGAGCCUCCCCGGGGAGGGCUUUCAGUGGCCCCUGGAAUCCGUGGCCUGCAGCAGCCGUGGCCCCGGUGAGCUGGAGCUCCAGCCGCCGCAGGAAGGGCCCGGCCCAGGUGUUCUGACUCUGUGCUUCCGCAACCCGCAAGACGCCGAGCGCUGGAGUGCCCUGCUGGAGAGAGCCCGGGAUGCCGCCCUCAGGGGCCCAGCUGUUGCCAGCCCUGCCUCAGCCCCUGCCCCAACAAUUGUGCCCCCUAGUGUUUCCACACCACCUCCAGCUUCUGAAGCUGAGUCCCUGUGGAGCCCCCAGGAUUUCUCUGAGAAAGAGGAGCUGGCAAACCGUCUGACCCAGGCCAUCUGUGGGGGAGAUGAACAGGGAGCAGCUCAAGCCGCAGCUGCCCUGGCUCAGAGGCAGGUGCCACUCAGCAUCCUGCUCCAGGAGAGCUGCUUCCCUCCGGGCCCCAUCAGGGUGCAGGUCACAGUGGAGGAUGCAGCAUCAUCAGCUCACAUAUCCCUCCGGGUUCAUCCUCACAGCACGGUAGCAGCGCUACAAGAACAGGUGUUCAAAGAAUACGGCUUCCCGCCUCGGGUGCAACGCUGGGUGAUAGGUCGUUGCUUGUGUGUGCCCGAAAGGAGCUUGGCCUCCUACGGGGUGCAGAGAGAUGGAGACCCUGCCUUCCUCUACCUGCUUUCUGGGCCCCCUGGGCCUCGUGGUGCUCGACCUCCAGGCCGGGGACUAGAGGCCAGCGAGAAGUCAAAUGGAGAGAUCAGCUCCCUCCUCGCCCAGCAACCAGGGCUUCCCCAAGCCUCGAGUCCCCCCACCAACCUUUCUGGAUGCCUGCAAGUCGGGUGGUCCUGCCCUUCCUGCACCUUCAUCAAUGUUCCUGGGCGACCAGGGUGCGAGAUGUGCAGCACCGAACAACCAGCUUUCCAAAGCCCCCAGCCAGAGGCUUCUGCUCAACAGCCCCCAAAAAUUACAAGGCGGGGAGAGGACGUGACCAUUCCCCCCAGCACUGGGUCCCUAGAUGCCUUCCUUCACCUGUCGAGCGAAUUUUCCUGACCCAGUAAGGUCAAACUGACUGCCUGGGACUAAGUUAUAGGAUCAAGGGAAGUCUCAGAGUGACUUGCCCACAGCAGCCUGGAUGGACAACAGGAUGGAAAUUGGACUAUACUAAUAAAAAUAAGCCAUCGUAUUUGGAGAA